UCAGCGCGACGCAGCUUCACGCGUCUGGACGUGCCCGCGAGCGGUUCCCCUUUGGGGCACCGCACAGCCCCAACACCGCCAGCCGUCCCGGCGCGAAGGCGGCCGCCGAGUAUUACCCAGAGCCUCAGGAUCCGAGGUGACCGCCGUGAAGAUCGCCAACAAGAAGUAGCUCCCACCGCAGCCCCGCUACUCCAGAUCCCCUCCCCCACCUCGCCGAGCCCACCGGCCUUCUAGCCCCGCGUCGCUCGCCUUCCGCGCCUGCGCAGAACCUCGCCGCCGCGCGCGCCUAAAACCACGCCCCUCGCGCUGGACCACGCCCUCUGAGGCUCCGCCCUGUCGGCCGGAUCCCACCCUCUGCCUGCAGGACCCCGAACCCAAAUGAUCCUGCAGAAGCCCCUGGAACGAGGCCCCCCAGGUCGGGCCCAGCGCGACCCACGGGCCGCGUCAGGGACGCCCCGAGCCCAGGACGUGAGCUCCCCUCUCCGAGGAGCUGUGCCCAUGAGCACCAAGCGGCGCCUGGAGGAGGAGCAGGAGCCCUUGCGAAAACAGUUCCUUUCUGAAGAGAACAUGGCCACCCACUUCUCUCGACUCAGCCUGCACAAUGACCACCCUUACUGCAGCACCCCCAUGGCUUUCCCCCCAUCUCUGCCCCCACUCAGGAGCCCUUGCUCUGAGCUGCUUCUCUGGCGCUACCCUGGGAACCUGAUCCCUGAGGCCCUCCGGCUGCUGAGGCUAGGGGACACCCCCACCCCCCACUACCCUGCCACCCAAGCUGGAGAGAUAAUGGAGCUCUGAGUGCUGGUGGGCAGUAUUUCUGCCCACCUUCCUUCUUCCCCACAACAGAGAAGACCAGCAUCCCUCCUGAGGGACCAGCUGUCCUAAAUAUUCUCCAGACUAGGCCUCUGGGCUCCAGGACCUACCCUCUACAGAGGAAGACACUGAAUCCCACAGAGCCCUGGGGAGGGAGGGGCAGGAGGGACAGGAGCAUGGGAAGGGAGGCAUUCCCCCCAGAACUGAAUAAAGAUUGCUGAGCAAAUGAA